AUGAUAUGUGCAACUUCAGAAGCGAAUCUCACGAUCAGCACACGCGGCUUAAGCCUGGACCUGCUUAUCCACUCGCCCGUGCAAGACAUGUACCUCUGCUUCAACCGCUCACGACUCGUCGGCAGAAGACUGACAAGGUUUCAAGCCGAAAGACAACCGAACUGCCUCUUCAAAGAAGAAUUCGUAGACGGCUACAACAGAUACCACCUGGUAAAGAACGAAGACCGCUACAUAGGGUUCAACAGGCGAGGCGCUCAGAUGCGACGCGGGAAGAGCAACCUCCCCGAAAGACAGCACAAAUGCUUCUCCCUGCUAAAGGAGGCCCACGACUUCGACAUAAACAGACACAAUACUGUGAUCGCGGGCACCGUGCCCAAGUGGCGCCCCCAGCGUAGACUCCGGCCUCCGUCGCAGAACUCCAUCAAGCCCCCGUGUCACGGCGUGCGCCAUCACCACGGCAGGCAUCAGAGGCGGCGAAACUGCGAGGGCACGUAG